GGUGUUUAGGUGAGGAUGAAGUUUUGUGAUUUUUCUUCAGGUGGGGAGAAGAUGACGCUGUCCAUCUCCGUCCUGCUGGCUCAGUCUGUCUUCCUGCUGCUGAUUUCCCAGCGGCUGCCGGAGACGUCCAUGUCCGUCCCCCUCAUAGUCAAAUAUUUGAUGUUCAUCAUGGUUCUCGUUACCAUCGUCGUGUUGAACUGUGUCGUCGUUCUCAACCUGCACUUCAGGACGCCCAGCACACACGUCAUGUCUGAAUGGACCAAGAAGUUUUUCCUGGAGCGGUUGCCCCGGAUCCUCCACAUGGCCCAGCCAGCGGACGACGAGCCGGCGUGGGACGGAGCGUUGCCACGGCGAUCCAGCUCGGUGGGAUACAUCGCUGCAGCCGAGGAAUAUUACAGCAUCAAGUCCCGCAGCGAGCUGAUGUUUGAGAGGCAGUCAGAGAGACACGGACUGUCCAAACGGCCCACGCCGGCCUCAGUGUUGAAGCCGGUGGAAAGCGACGGAGCGAUGGAUCAGCUGUACGGGGAGAUGAAGCCGGCGGUGGACGGAGCGAACUACAUCGUCCAACACAUGAGAGACAAGAACGACUACAACGAGGAGAAGGACAACUGGAGCGGCAUCGCCCGAACGGUGGACCGGCUCUGCCUCUUCCUCAUCACCCCGGUGAUGACCUUCGGCACCGUCAUCAUCUUCCUCAUGGGGAUCUGUAACCACCCCCCCCGCCUGCCCUUCCAGGGAGACCCGCACGACUACAGCGAGGACAACCUGCGCCUGCUGGAGUAGAACCGGAACCGGCAGCCCGGUUCCGGUUCUACUCAUUUAUCCACUUCAUGUUUGAAUCGUCUGAGUUUUCUGAGGUUGAAGUGAAUAUUUUGGUUCUGGUUUUCUUUACUUUGUGUCUCCAAAACAUCAGUUUGAUUUAAAUUACCUAGAAGUAUUGCACAGCGAGACAAGUUUUAUUUUUUAAUGAAUGCCAUCAUUUACUUCUGCAUUCACCAAACAUAACAAUAUAAAUGUCAUUUUAUUAUUUAUUACAAAAAUACUUUAGAAAAUUGAGAAUUAUUUUUUUGGCUGCCAAAAAAUGGCUUCUAAUAAAAUUG